AUGUUCCUGUGGCUGCUGGGUAUUAGAGCCUUCCAGCUGAGGUGCACAGGAUAUGUCUCAGACCUGGUCCCUAAAGAGAUUGUGGAGAAGUGGCUGGAUUACCUUCGGAAUGAGCUGCCAACUGUGCCUUUCAAGGCCAGUACCCAGCAUCAGAAUAAAAAUUUGAACCAUUGCACUGUGCCAGUGGAACAGGCCUCUCAGUCACUGCUGAAAAGUAAGGCCUGCUUUGGAGCUGAAAACCUCAUGAGAGUUCUAGGAAACUAUUGCUGCCUUGGAGAAGUGUGCACCCACAUUAGUGUGGGGGUUGUGGGCCUUCCCAACGUCGGAAAGAGCAGCCUGAUCAAUAGCCUGAAGUGUAACCGUGUGUGCAGUGAAGGAGCUGUUCCUGGAAUCACCAGGUUCAUGCAAGAAGUCUACCUGGACAAGUUCAUUAGGCUCCUAGAUACUCCAGGCAUUGUCCCAGGACCAUCCUCAGAGGUGGGUACCAUCCUGCACAACAGCAUCCAUGUACAGAAGUUAGCAGAUCCUGUGAGUUCAGUGGAAACCAUGCUGCAGCGCUACAAUUUAGAGGAGAUUUCCAACUAUUACAACAUUUCUGGGUUCCAGAACACAGACUUUCUGACUGCAGUGACCUGCCAUUUGGGGAAGAAGAAGAAGAGAGGCAUAUACAGUCAGGAGCAGGCAGCCAGAGCUGUCCUGGCUGACUGGGAGAGUGGGAAGAUCAGCUUCUAUACACUACCACCAUCUACUCACACUUUGCCAACUCACCUCAGUGCUGAGAUUGUUAAGGAAAUGACAGAGGCUUUUGACAUUGAGCAUACUGAACAGGCCAAUGAAGACACAAUGGAAUGCUUGGCCACUGGAGAAUCUGAGUUGCUGGAUGACAAGGGCCCGCUUGAAAUGAAGUUCAAGUGGCUGCAUUCUCCAGUGAUGAAAAUAGUAGAUGCUGUUGAAAAUAAAACCAAUGUGGCUAAGAUAGGCAACAUUAUGUUCUGUUGUACAUUGAAUUUCCAUGAGUUGGGUUGGGCUAAACACAUUGUUGACCAUCAACCCAAGAAUUAAAGCAUGGUAGACUACAGCCCAGUGUUGCAGAGGAUCAUGGAGACGGAUCCUCUGCAGCAAGGUCACACUCUGGCAUCUGCCCUGAAGAAUAAGAAGAAAAUACAGAAAUGUACAGACAAGAUUGCCAGCAAGCUGUCCAAAUCCAUGAUGUCUGUCCUCAACCUCUCUGGCAACACUGAUGACAGUGCUGAUAACUGA